AGCCAACGACACGGUGGUCUUCGCUACGGAUCUAAAUACCGUGCUUCACACAAUAAGUGCUCGAGUGUUUCCUCCAUGCAGUGAGGUUACGAUCCGGUCUUUGUGGUACAGCUACAGCUGCGCAAGCACUAUGUGUUGCUUUAUAUGUAACAAGCUUGCUUUGAGCUCUUAUAUCAAAGACAACAGCCACGAGGAAGUUACUUGCUUAGCAAACCGAGGGGUCUUUUGAGUUUCAAACCAAACUUCGAAUUUCGUUGAGUAUUCUUCUUGCCGUUGAGGAAGCACUACGAUGGCUUGCGAAGACGACUGCGAAAUUCAAGCCUCCCAAUGUCGGACCCCGAAGAUCCUCUCAGCCAAGUUGGGACCCAUGUUGGCUUCACUUAAGUCGGUCGGACUUGCUCAACUUUGCUCAUUUCAAAACUUGAUCUCAAGCACACAAUCGAUACCAACCAACAACCAACUCAACUCAACACCGCAGCAACCAUGGUCAUGGGCAAGCACUCCGAUAAAAAAAUCGCCACCGAGGAGGAAUUCUUCAAGCUGGAGCAAGUGCUCAACAAGACUGCCGACGACACGUACAACUGCCUCAAGUUGCUCAAGAAGGAAUUGUCCGACUAUGACAGUCGCAAUGGCAACCACUCCAGCAACACGGCAGCACGUUUCAUGCGGACCGAUAUGCGCAAUGCCAAGGACACGGCGAUGGACCUGAAGCACGUGGCUCACGAUAUCAACAAGAACCAGAAGCCGUCCAAGACGGAAACCUCUUCCGCUCGCAAUAUAAUGGACUCGACAGCCAGAGCCAUGGAGGCCUUAAAGGCCACUGCUCGCAACUACGACAGAGAGAACAAACAGCGCAUGGGAGUCAAGGGCACGAUCGAUGCCGCUGUUGGCGGACGCCGUGGCAAUGAGAUGGGUGAGAACCGCGGACCACAUGGCACGGACGAGAUGAGGCACGAGAGAGGUGAGGAUCGUGGUUACUUCGGGACGAACGACAGGGAAAGAGAUGAGAAUCGUGGUAACUUCGAGAAGAAUGAGCGCGAUCGAGAUGAUGACCGUGGUUUCUUUGGAAGCAACGAGGUAGAGGAAGGCCAACCACGCGAAGGCUUCUUCGGGGGUGACGAGAAUGAGGAGCUGCACAGAAACAUCCCCGGUAAUAAAGAUGAUAACGGUGGUCGCAUCACGGGGAGUUCUGAGACCGUGGAGACGAUCGUGCGAAAGGUUCUCCGCGACCACUUCAGCCUCAACGCGCUAAACCACCAGAUCAAGGCCGCAGAAAACUCUAUUACGCCGUCCCUCGUCGAGCGUGCGAAGGAGAAGAUGCACGAUGUGAAGGAAAAGAUCAAGGGCGACAAGUCCGACCCCGCCUACAGUCACCACAACGAAGGCCAGCACAAAUCCGACGCUGCUUACAGUCACCACAACGAAGGCCAGCACAAGAGCGGGGAGUAG